AUGGGAAAAGAUACAUCGGUGACAAGACUCUGUAUGCCAAGAAAGCCGAGCAAGGGCAAGUUGCCCAGACGUGCUCGGCGAAGCUUGGAAGAUCGGUUGCAGAGGAUGCUGCAGCGCUUGCCUCCGCCAGAGCGCCGGGCCGUGAUCUCGCGCUUAACACAGGCGCAGCGCGAGAGGCUGGAGCGCUGGAUGCUGGCGAAGCAAGCAAGCACUCUAGAUCUGAAGCAUUGCGCGGAGGCGCGGCUGGCUUCCUGGAGGAGCUUGCUCCGCUGCAGAGGCUGGCCGCAGCUUCGAGGGCAGAAGCGGAGGAUGGAUGAAAGCCGCGGUAGACAACGCGGCUUGUAUCAUCGCAUCAUCUCAGGCCGCUCCACCUACGAAGCGGUGUGCACAGCUGGGCCCUUCAGCCUCUGCACCCGCCAGACCUCCAACCUGGAGCUAGCCAUGCGCUAUAAGCAGGUACUGAUGUCCAUCCGUCGACGGGUGGAAGCUUCGCUUGACGAUCCGCAGGAAGGUUUCAAGAGGGCCGUCUCGAUGGAGCUACAGCAAUCCGGCUUCACGGCCAAGGACAUGAACCUCACCUUUGUGACCCGCGUGGGCGCACGAUAUUGGGUGGGCCGGUCCCUGGAGACGCCGCGCUUCAGCGCCAGCGGCGAUGGCCUGGAGCAGGGCUUCAGCGCCUGGCGACGGCUGCGCCAGGCACGCUGCGUGGUCUUUGAAGGUGCCUGCAAUGAGCUCUCCCUGCUCAGUCAGCACAGCCCAGGUGAGCUUGCUGAUGCCUGGGCGAGGCUGCGGUCUGUCUACCUCGACAUUUGGGAGGAAGCAGGCCACCGCCAGCGCGCGGCCCGGCGCCUGGCGCGCCUCGAGGCGCGCCAGGCACCCCGGCAGCAGGCGGCGGAAAGGCGCUGGCGUGCAUCCUGCGCAGCCUGUGCAGAGACGCCGCAGGCCGUCUCCGUGGCACAAGGUGGGGUCGCCCCAUAA